CAAAUACAUGAUCUAUUUACAAGGAUCCGACUGCUAUAAGUUAGCUAUAUACUUCCCUUCCCAUCGUGCAUGUAAACUGGUUUAAUUAUUGAUUAAUAAGUGAUUUAUUAACAAAGAGACCGGCUAGUUUAUCUGACUGGCAAUUGGACCUUUUCAUGAUUACUUAAUUGUCAAAACAUUCUGCUAUGACAAGCGCUUGCAUGUAAUACUUGUGCCGUCGAAUAACAAUUAGCACUGUUUUGACACUGAAUAAAGGUGGAAAGAGGUGAAAAUGGCGGACAUAUUGAGCGCUGUGCCGCUGGUGGAAAACUAUACGAGUGUUUCUACGGCGGUGGGAGUCGAGCAGGCAUGGCGCUACAUGAACGAGAACUAUUCACGAUUUCAGAUCGCAACAUUCGGCUCUGGGCUCGUUCAUUUCGUAUCGUACAUUUUGAUUUCUUUACCAUCAGUCCUCUUCCAAUUCAUUCCUCAAAUGCAACGCUUCAAGAUUCAGCAUGACAAACCAGUGACAGGGGCCAAUCAGUGGGAGUGCAUCAAAAUACUCCUUGUGAAUCAGUUCAUCAUUCAUAUCCCAUUCUAUCUUGGAGCCUAUUUCUAUUGUGAACUUGUCAACCUGCCCUUCAGCUACGAAACAAUGCCCGCAUGGUACGUUACACUGGGUCAUUGUUUUGCUUGUCUCGUAAUCGAGGAUACGUGGCAUUAUUUCAACCACCGUCUCCUGCAUCACAAGAGCAUCUAUAAGUACAUCCACAAACUACAUCACACCUGGCAGUCUCCUUUCGGAAUGGUGGCUGAGUAUGCUCACCCAAUAGAAACCAUGCUCUUGGGUAUGGGUACCAUGUGGGGCAUCCUGCUCUUCGGGAACCAUCUCAUCCUCCUCUGGGUAUGGAUGUGGAUACGGCUGAUUGAGACCAUCGACGUUCACUCCGGCUACGACAUCCCACUCAACCCCAUGCAUCUGUUCCCAUUCUACGGAGGCGCUAAGUUCCACGACUUUCAUCACAUGAACUUCCAAGGAAACUACGCCCCCACGUUCACUUGGUGGGACAAGAUAUUCGGUACUGAUAUUCAGUUUAAAGAAUAUUACAAGAUGAAGGAGGAGGAAGCAAAGAAGCAGAAGUGAUCAUGGAAUAUCCCCGAGGAUUAAUAUAUAUAUUCCAAAAUUGAAUUUAGCAUUAUAAGCAAAU